UGGGGAGUGAUGCCUGAAUGACUAGCUCAGCAUGCACAGGUUUAGCGUGUGCACUUCACGCGUACAAAAGUAUCCUUUCGAUUUCAAAGCACACUGGGUUAUUUUUUAACCAGUUUUGCUGAUUGAUCACUGAACUGAGACAGCGUUGUAUUGUUACGUGGCCUACAGACCGACGUACAGUACAUUGUGUACGUGUCGGGUUGGGUGUGUCGUCAUAUAGUGUGCAGGAUUGUGCCAGCAGUGGUUGCAUUUUUGGCACAAUGUCUGUGAACAAGCCAACUAUUCCUGGGUUUGACAGUAGUUCUGGCUACGAGUUCCCUUCCACGUGCACUACCCUCGGUAGCGUUGGUGGUAUGAGAGUUGCGUUGGACAGGGACUUCGCUGUACCGCACCGAAGACAGGUAAAGGAGUCCAAGCGAGACAGCCAACUAGAGACAGUGCUGAACAACAUCACGCCUGGACAGGGAACCAUGCUACACUUGGCUUCAAAGCUGGGUAAUGCGGAUGUUGUGCGUGCCCUGUUGAUAUCUGGUGCGGACCCAUCGGUGCUUGAUGAGGAAGGCAUCACAGCAUACGACAGUUCAUUUUCAGAGCAAGUGACCAAAGUGUACCACGAUGUUCUACUGCAAGCCGUCGCGCAAUCCAAUAUGGCAUUAGCCAGGAAUCUACUGAAAGCAGGAGUUGAUGUGAAUAUUCAGGAUGACGAGGCCACAGGCAACACAGCGCUACACUGGGCUGCAUCCUACGGUAGUAAGGACACAGUCAAACUCCUGAUCGACGACAAAGCAGACAUCAAUGCAGCCAAUGUUGACGGAGCUACACCGUUACACGAUGCCGUAGCCAGGGGAGAUGUGGGCAUCAUCUACGAGCUGGUCAGCAACGGAGCCAAUCGCUACGCUAAGGCAAAGAAAGGAAAAUUUGCAGGCAAGACGCCCAUGUCGAUGGCAGAAAACAGACCAAAAGUCAAGAAAGCUAUGGAAGGUGUACAGCUUGCCAACGGUGACGUCAAACAUGCAGAAACAGCGGCAGCAGCUACCAAGCCUGUCUCGCCACUCACGCCACUCACUCCAGUACCCGAUGCAGACAUCCAACAACAAUUGUCGGACCUACUGAAUGCACAGAAGCUUGCCGGUCGGUCUCAGCCUAGUCCGGUCACCGAUGAGAAGUUCCAGCUCCUAUGGCCCAAGCCGCAGAGUAUGAUCAAGAAGUCAGGGGACCCGCUCAAACUCAAGCCGCAUUUCCUGGUCCGAGUGGCCGCUGGACCGACGGCGAAUAGUGAUUACCUGCAACAGAUGGUGGACAUCUGGAGUAUACACGGCCCCCUCUUGGGCGAGAUGGGCUUCAAGUGUAUCCUAGAGUGUGCCGUCAGACCAGAGUACCCAGACCCCUUCAUCCUGUGCCAGUAUGUGCCCAAUCUCUUCACCGGCAAAGACCAGUACAGGAUUACUGUCACCGAAAAACAGAUGACUGUCCAGUGUGCUGACUUCAGUGGUCUAUGGAAUGCUAGCUGUACUGUAGUACAACUCAUUCGGCUGUUUAACGAGGAAGGCAUCCCAGCAGUGCAGAUUUCUGAUUGGCCGGAUCUUCGAUACAGGGGCGUGGCCCUGGACAUUUCUUGUGGGAGGGUACCUAAAUUAGAUUAUCUGAUGCAUGUCGUCAAUAUAUUAACCCUUAUGAAGUUCAACGAGCUUCAUCUGCACAUGAAGAGUGUGGAAGGGGAGGAGGUGGAAGGAGUUAUGCCUUACUCUGAGAGUGAACUCCUGGAUCUAGAGAUUUACUGCAGGUGGCGAUACAUGGACGUGAUUCCCCACCUGGACAUCAGCUCCAAGACCGAACUCACUCCCAAACAGAUGGGCAUCUUCAAGCAGGUCUUAACCUCGUUCGGAUCCACAAGCUCGGUCAACAUCGGCGCCACGCUGACCAAGAAACUCCUGGCCACUCCCUCGGACGAUGACCAAGACGGCAAGGAUUCCUCCCACCUGGCUCAGCUGGACGUGAGGGACCGUCUGCACCUGCUUGGGGUCAAGGACAGCCACAAUGUACGGUUCUGUGCCAACACGGUGGACAUCAGCGCAGAGACUAUCGCCAGGUUACCAGUGGGCAGUAUGGCAAUGCAUUAUGGAUGCAAGGUUGACUAUGACUACAGUGCAGCGUGUACAGCACUGACAGAGGCAGGAGUGGCCUUCUCCGUUUGUCCUGGAACUGCAGCCUGGGACAGCAUUGUUGGCUGUCCAGAAGCCGCCAUACGCAACAUUCACAACGCGGUCCUCUCGGCUGCCGCCUCCCCCAACGCCGUGGGUCUGCUACUCACUGAUUGGUCAGGGACUAUGCAGAUCAACCAGCCCACGAUCAGUUUCCCUGGUUUCGCCACGGCCGGCGGACUGGCUUGGAAUAAAAACGUACCCCUGGAUUUCAUCACCAGCAGGCUUGCCGACAUCAUCAACCACUACUUCUUCAUGGAUGAGGACUGUGUCCUGGGUCAGGUGAUUGUAGAGCUGGGCCGGGCCGAGACCUUCAUCACCCGGUCAGCGUGGAACAUGCUGGAGGGUCAGCUGGCCAACAUCCCUAACCCUAAGGGCUCUUUCUUGUGUCAGCUCAUCAGCAAGCCCGAUGAGGUGGACUUGGAGCAUGUCACCCCUGACGUCAUACAGAAAACUCUGAAUCACCUUCACAAGAUACAGAGGUCCCUGGAGUCAGCUAAGAAGACUCCCGUACAAGAGUUUGCCAUCGUGGAGCUGCAGCUAGCCACGGAUAUCAUGCUGUGGGCCAGCAGAGUGGCUCGUAUCCUGGUUGUGGCCGGUAAGAAACCUGAUGCAGCGUCUGCAGGCUCAGAUAUCGUCAAUGUUGGCCUAGCGAAUGCUAACAUGACAGCUAAGACAGACUCCGCCAACAAGCUUCUAAGCAUCAUCGAUAUGUACCGGAAAGUCUGGCUUCACACCAACCACACUUCGGGGCUGUUGGAGUGCCUGGAAGUCUUCAACCACAUCUUAGAGAAACUCAUCCCCACGGAUGUGGAGGGCUUACAGAAUGGUGAUGUAGAAGAGAAAUAAUGAGACGCUUCAAAGGGGGAAGGAAAAAAAACUUGCUCAGUCUCCUCACCUGGCAGAACGCCAUAAAAAUUAAUAACAUUUGUCACGAGUCUUUCUUUCAUUGCAUCCACUGUAAAAUUUAGCUUUGCAGUAUUACGACCACAGAUAAUAAUCACAUGAUUAUUGAGGCCUGGGGCCAAUUUCACGGCGCUGCUAAGCACAAAAAUUUGC